CAAGCAAGUUGCAGAGAUAACCAUUUAGCUCAAAAAGUGUGACAACUUCACAACCUAGAACACAUCAAUAUGUCUGAAGCUUAUCUCUCACUUUGUUUCCUCUGCCUUCUGACUUUUUCUACAGCUUGCUAUAUUCAGAACUGCCCUCGGGGAGGAAAGCGGUCCUUUACAGACACAGAACUCAGACAGUGUAUGUCAUGUGGUCCUGAGAACAGAGGACACUGCUUUGGCCCUUCCAUUUGCUGUGGAGAAGACCUGGGGUGCUUUGUUGGCACCGCAGAAUCACUGAGAUGUGAGGAAGAGAUUUACCUGCCAUCUCCCUGUGAGACAGGUGGACGCCCAUGCAGUACCAAAGGAGGGAGAUGUGCUGCACCUGGCAUCUGCUGUAAUGAAGAGAGCUGUGCAAUAGACUCCAGCUGCUUUGAACAGGACAGUAAAAAAGGUCAUCUUCCACUGAGAAGAAAUGCCACUUACUUCGACAGUACAGCAAGCGAGUUUCUACUCAGGUUGUUAGACCUGAUGAACAGUAAACAGCAGGAUCAUCCAGUGUACUGAAUCAAACAGCAUGGCAAACAAAAACUGGCUUCUUGCCUUCCAGAAACAUGGAGAUAUGUAUAUAACCAAAAAUAUUAUGCUUUUUAAUCAUUUUUCAGAAAAAAAUGCAGUGAAAUAUUAUAACUGCUGCUCUGUCAUCUGUAACUUGUAACAAUGUAGAUCUGCAAAUACUGUAAAUAUAUAACAAAUAAAGUAUUUUAUUUAGCUGUGA